CCCCAAGCGCCUGCCGAUGACGGUAUGGGUAUCCUACGGGGCUUGGGUGCGUUGCCAGAGCCGGUAUAGAUAGGUUACACCCCGAAGCGAGACCUCUCUCUUCUCUCAAUUCUUCGCUAGAGCUGUUUUAUUGCAUCUAAUAGGCAAGAGUUGUGCGUUUCUCUGCAUUCAGUUCCUAGAUUUCUUCGGUUCCACUUCCACCUCCCCCACAAUGGCUGACGACCAACCUAAAGUAAAGCUUCAUUGGCUCAAUGGCUCGCGGGCGCAAGGCACCCUCUGGCUCCUUGAGCAGCUCGAAAUCCCCUAUGAGCUAGAAAUAUAUCAUCGAGACAAGAGCAUGCUCGCCCCCGCAGAACUAGCCAAGCUCCAUCCGCUGGGCAAGUCCCCGGUGGUGACCAUCACUCCGCCGGGGGCUUCAGAGCCGAUCGUCCUUGCCGAGAGUGCGUUCAUCGUGGAGUACAUGUGCGAACACUCUGCCAAUGGCAAGGAGUUGGUUCCUAAGCGCUGGAAGGAUGGCCAGGAGGGGAAAAUCGGCGGGGAGACCGAGGAGUGGAUGCGCUAUCAGUACAUCAUGUAUUACUCAGAAGGGAGCUUCAUGUCCCAACUGGUUGUAUACUUCGUAAUCUCCGGUCUCAAGGGAGGCAGGGUUCCCUUCUUCAUCCGGCCCAUCUCGAGAGCAAUUGCCAACCAGGUGAUCUCUCAGUUCAGUUUUCCGAAUUUGCAGAAGCAUUUCACGCUCCUAGAGUCCUAUCUAUCGACUUCGCCGGGAGGAGAGUACCUCUGCGGCAAUCACUUGACCGGGGCGGACAUCAUGCUGGCUUUCCCACUGAUCACAGGCCUGGGUGGUAGCUUCGACGAGUUGGGCCACUGGGAGAAAGGGUCUUUUGCAGCGACCUUUCCGAAGCUGUGGGCCUAUAUGCAGAGACUCGAGAAGGAGCCCGGCUGGGUGAAAUCUGUCGAGAAGAUUCGCGAGAUCGAGGGUAGCUUUUCGCUCCUCCCUGGCCGGGAUUAAGUUGGCCACGAUUAAGUAUGAGGUUAGGGAGAGUGCCAGGGGGAUAGAAAUUUUGUAUAUAUAUAUAUGUAAUUAUACAGUACAAUCAACCCUCGCAUAUUGAA